AAACCUGUAUAAGCUCUGGCGUUGACAGCUGGAAGGCAGCUGGGACUGUGGCGGCGCCCCUCCCUGUACCCACCUCCGCCAUCGCAUUGCCAGAGUUGAACCCCCCUUCUAGGUCCUGGAACAGCACCCACUUCUGUAAGGGAAGCUGACGCCACCCAAUGUCUUCAAUCCCACCGGAAUCAUCCCCCGCAAGCCUGAAAGUCCUGUACCCUCGUUGGUCCUAUCUGGCCACAGCAAGUUAGAGGUGAAAGAGCCCGGCCUGGGACCCUUCUGUUUACCCCAAAGCUGUACUACCUGUAGCCAGGAGUGGCCAACAGACGCUAACCGAGCCUUCUGCACUACAUUCCUUUUCCAAGACUUUUCUGGCUCUGUUUGCGUUCCAGCCCAAUGAUUUCCUCCUUAUUGGAUCGUUCUCUCUCUUGCAUAUCAAGCCUCGAUUAAGCCAGUCCCUGAGGACAAUAAAGUCCUUUGGUGCCCCUCAGUUGACCCCUCCUGACCAUGGAACACCAUCAGCCUGAGCAUCCAGUCCGUGGUGAGGCCAGGACUGCGGAAGUGGUCGUCCCUGAAAACCAUGAGGUCCUGUCAGAACCCAGUGAGCCCCCUCAGGACAAGGAUGCCGAAGAGGCUGAUGGGGCAGCUGGAGAACAGGAGCCAGUAGAUGAAGCUUUGCUGCCAGCCCAGGGCCAGGGUAACCUCGAGUCCCCUCCACCUGAUGCCAGCUCAAGCCAAGAAGGGCCAGCCCAGGGGACACAGCCUGAGGUAGAGACAGUGGGGGCCUGCUCCUGGCCCCAAGAGCUUCCCCAGUCCCCCAGGGCCCGACAACCUGAGCUAGACUUCUACUGUGUAAAGUGGAUCCCCUGGAAGGGAGAACGGACACCCAUCAUCACCCAGAGCACUAACGGCCCUUGCCCUCUCAUCGCCAUCAUGAACAUCCUUUUUCUUCAGUGGAAGGUGAAGCUGCCACCUCAGAAGGAAGUGAUUGCAUCAGAUGAGCUCAUGGCCCAUCUUGGAGACUGCCUUCUAUCCAUCAAGCCCCAGGAGAAGUCAGAAGGACUUCAGCUUAAUUUUCAGCAGAAUGUGGACGAUGCAAUGACAGUGCUGCCUAAACUGGCCACAGGUCUGGAUGUCAAUGUGCGAUUCACAGGUGUCUCUGAUUUUGAGUAUACACCUGAGUGCAGCAUCUUUGACCUACUAGGCAUACCUCUGUACCAUGGCUGGCUUGUUGAUCCACAGAGUCCUGAGGCUGUGAGUGCAGUUGGGAAACUGAGUUAUAACCAACUGGUAGAGAAGAUCAUCACCUGCAAGCACUCCAGUGACACCAACCUCGUGACAGAAGGCCUGAUUGCAGAGCAGUUCCUGGAGACCACCGCUGCACAGCUGACCUACCAUGGUCUGUGUGAGCUAACGACAGCUGCCAAGGAGGGCGAACUUAGCGUCUUUUUCCGGAACAACCACUUUAGCACUAUGACUAAGCACAAGGGUCACUUGUACCUACUGGUCACCGACCAGGGCUUUCUACAGGAGGAGCAAGUGGUGUGGGAGAGCCUGCACAACGUGGACGGAGACAGCUGUUUCUGUGACUCUGACUUUCACCUAAGUCACUCCCUAGGCAAGGGACCUGGAGCAGAAGGUGGGAGUGGCUCCCCAGAAAAGCAGCGGCAGGUGGACCAGGACUACCUGAUCGCCUUGUCCCUGCAGCAGCAGCCAUCGUCGCAAGGCACAUUGGGUCUUAGCGACCUGGAGCUGGCCCAGCAACUUCAGCAAGAGGAGUACCAACAGCACCAAGCUGCCCAGCCCGUGGCAGCACGUGCCCUGUUACCGCAGGGGAGAGGAGCUGCAUUUGGACGCCCAGCUGCCGAGCGUCGGCAGAGGCCGAAGCAAGAGUCCGACUGUGUCCUCCUGUAGCCCCGCUCAGUGCCAGGCUGCCUUGCCUCCGCUUGCAGAGGCUGGGGCUAUUUUGCUUGCUCCCUGGCUCAACUUGAGAUAUGCAGGGUAACUUAUUUAUGGAAUGUUGGGGAUCAGAGCAGGCAGUAAAUGCCAAGGUCAGACUUGGUGACGUCUUUGCCCUCACGUGCUGCCUCCUCUUCCUCCCAGCCAUCCUGGGCAACAUUGGGGUUGGUCGGGUGAGGAUUUCUGAUUCCCAACUCCCUUUCCCCAGAAUAGUCACAUUAAUAUACAGACUCAGGCUCCAGGGUGAGGUCCCUGUCUAGAACCCAUCUCCCCUACUUUCUGCUCCUGCAGGCCCACCCGUAUCCAUUCGUUUGUUUCAGGGUUUAAUUUGGGUUUCUAUCUCCAUUAUUUGUAAUGCCUUCCUAGGGGUUUGGAAAUAAAACUUCUUUCCUGA